AUGGCCAGCCUUCCAUCGCAACACCCCACCCUCUCCCUCCACCUCUCCGACAGUACUCUCACCCCGCUCAUCACAUCAGCCUCGUCGCAAUCGCACCUCGAAUCCCUCACAGCUCUGACCUCCAGCGCACUAUCUUCACAGACAGCCGCUCAAAGACUUGGUCUCGGCCGGCCUCAGCGCCUCAUGGUCGAGUACCCAGACCGCGGACCCGUGGUACUGCACUCAUAUCUUGAUCCUCGCGACGCUGUCGAUACAACCACCAACAACAACACUGCGGUGGCUGCCUCGAGCCGUCCAGGCUCGGCGCCCGGUUCAAGUCACGGCGCUGACCCAAGAGCACCUCGGUCAGUCCCAGCGCCGACGUCGCACCACGACCCGCGCUCCGAAGAUGCGGCUCCGCCGCUUGUGGGCGUAGUCGUGGCAGGUUCCGCAGACGAAGCAAGAGAGGCCCGCCGCGCAUCGGCAAGACUGGAGCGCGUGGGAAGAGAGAUUCAAAAGGAGUGGGCUGCCGAGAGUAGUCAAGAGCGCACAAACGAAGAUGCGCAAGAGUGA